GCGGCAGGGGGGCUGGUCCCGGAAGUUCCGAGACGGAUUCCAGGUGCCAGCGAAUCCUGUAAGGUACGCGUGGAAACUGGGGUCAUGGCGGCGCACGGCCCAGCGCUCUGCCUCUUCGACGUGGACGGGACCCUGACGGCCCCGCGGCAGAAAAUCACCAAAGACAUGGAUUGCUUUCUACAAAAACUGAGGCAGAAGAUCAAAGUUGGAGUCGUAGGCGGGUCGGACUUUGAGAAAGUACAGGAGCAACUGGGAAACGAUGUGGUUGAAAAAUAUGAUUAUGUGUUUCCAGAAAAUGGCUUGGUAGCAUACAAAGAUGGGAAACUCUUGUGCAAACAGAACAUUCAAGGUCACCUGGGUGAGGCCCUAAUCCAGGAUUUAAUCAACUACUGUCUGAGCUACAUCGCGAAAAUUAAACUCCCGAAGAAAAGGGGUACUUUCAUCGAAUUCCGAAAUGGGAUGUUGAAUGUGUCCCCCGUCGGAAGAAGCUGCAGCCAAGAAGAACGCAUUGAGUUCUACGAACUGGAUCAGAAAGAAAGUAUAAGACAGAAAUUCGUGGAGGAUCUGCGGAGAGAGUUUGCAGGGAAAGGCCUCACGUUUUCCAUAGGAGGUCAGAUCAGCUUUGAUGUCUUCCCUGAUGGAUGGGACAAGAGGUAUUGCCUGGGACAUGUGGAAAAGGACGGCUAUGAGACCAUUUAUUUCUUUGGUGACAAAACCAUGCCAAUGCCGGCAAAGCAUCCACAGAGCUGUUUAUGUCCAUCUUAAAUGUAAGCUUGGAAGGCGACCCUUAGGUGGACGUCAUUUGUUUGCCACUGUAUCUCCAGCUUCUGAGACCAUGCCUGGAGGGUAGUGAGCGCUGCACACGGUUUGUUGGGUUAAUCCGUGAAGACUAACCCCUCCUUCCAGGGUCGGUGAGUGACACUGGAGUGAAAGUGUCCACAGGUGGGUGCUGGGUUUUUCUGAAUAGAGCAGGAGUUCUUGCUUGCUUGGUUAGGUGCUCUGUGCUGGUUUCCCCACACCAGGCCAUUCCUAAGAGAAAUCUUUUUUUUGUCGUAAGAAUUGUCUUCACGUGUACUUGUUCAGGAGAUGCUGGCCAUGAACUGGGGGCCAGCUGAAUGACCAGAGCCCCUUCACAGGACAUAAAUUCGUGAGGCCCGCGCAAGGCUUGGCAGGCUUCUGGGAAAGAACAUUCCCCAGUGUGGCUCCAAGGUCAUGGCCUCCCAACAUGGCUCCACCCAGCGCGCCUCAGCCCCAGGCAGUAGCCCCUCAUGAGGUCUAUGAACUUCACCUUCUCCUAGGGAAGCCGUCUGCUUGAGGGUGGGUGGUUCUUACAAAGAUGAGAGCAGCCAUAAUUUCAGGUGUUCGUUGUUUAAAAGGAUGUCAUUUUCGUACAGAAUCGUUUUCUCCAUACUGGCUUCGUGCGCUGUGUUUUAUGAAAAAAUCCAUUUUCGCUGCAGUGAUUUUCAUCACAUUAUAAACUAAUUGAUUUUUUUUUCAAGAUUUUGCGUUAGACUGCUUAUCCAAUGUUAUGAGGAAAAUAUAGCUAAGCAGGGGCUUUCCUGCAGGGCUGUGGGUUGUGGAAGCAGCAUUCCCCUGAGAUGGGCGGGACUGGGGAAGGGGGUGCAGCACAGACUAGGUGAUCCACAGCCACAGGACCCCCUGCACCCAGCAUGCCUGGCCCCUUCCAGACCGGGCCUCAACUCCUAGGGGCUCACCAGGGGGAAGGAAGCAUGAAAACGCUAGGAAGCGGUGCUAGCUGCGCGCUGGGGCUGCCCCAGGAUUGCGCGUCCACCAGUGGCCUCGGUGCUUUGGGCGAAGUGCCGCCACGAUCCCCACUUCACAGAUGGGGAGCUGCCCACAUACCCCCCUCACCAGUGCUAGACCAGGAUCUGAGCCCAGGCCACCAGGCUCAGACUCCAGCCACAUGGGCCUAUUUAAACUUCAGUGAAUCAGACUCAGUCCCUCUGUCACAGGCCUCACGUGUGGCCUCUGUCGGCUCAGAGGUGGACCGUGUCCAUCGUCACAGAAAGUCUCAAGGGCAGUGCUGCUGUGCACUGUCUGCCCUCCUACAGUCCCCCAUGACCUGUUAGGAAAGUUUGGAUGCAGUUAAAACAAAUUGAUGGGGUGAGAAUUCUGCUUUCUUGAUAGAAAAAUAAGCCUUAGACAGAUCUUCAUGGGAACAUCGUGAUUUCUUUCACAGGCAUAAUUGCAUGUUCCAAAGCUAAACUGCAGUUCAAGGGAAGGUGAAAAACCCUUUUUUGGUACGACAGUACCCUUGCUGUUCCUCUCCUGGGGGCUAAGAAAAGGUGCCUGAAGAGAUGCUCCCCACCCGGUAAAAUCGCAGGGUCCUCAUUUCUGGUCCUAUUUCUCUGGUGGCCCCAGGCCCCUGGGUGGCAACAGCCUUGGCCCAGGAGGAGCCAGGUGGCGCCUGCAUCUGCGCCGUGUCUUCUCAGGGCGGGAACGACCACGAGAUCUUCACAGACCCGAGGACGGUGGGCUACACCGUGACGGCGCCCGAGGACACACGCAGGAUCUGUGAGGAGCUCUUCUGCUGACCAUCCCUCUCCCCGUGGGAGGGGCGUCCCACCACGCCCACCCCCAGCCCACUGUACGGUUGUCACUCGGGUCCUCACUCAGCAGGGAGAUGGCCCUCCGCCUCCAGUGCUAGAAGCAGCCAGAAGGGAGAAGAAAAGGCUUGUCAAGAAUGGUUCAAAGGACUGUCUCCAACAGAGGGUUUUGUCCCCACCCCGAGUCUCAGGACCCCCAGCCCUGCCCUGAUACGUGCGAUCACAGUACACCUGGGGUUUUUUUGUUUUUAAACUUUCCCAUCAUUCUAGAAUGAUACAGGAAGAACGAGUGUGCCUGGACCCUCCCUCUUUCCUCAUGGGUCUUGUGGAAAAUAUAACAGAUAUUCACAUUGGGACCCUCUGCAUCAGUACCAGGAGGGGGGCUUUGGUGAUGAGAAAGAAAGGACAAGAUGUUUACAAUGAUCUGACCCUGGGACAUGGUUAAAAACACUUCCAGAAAUGAAGCUCCCCCGUGAGAGUGCUGGUCGAGUGACCACUGACCCCAGGGACUUUGCACCUAGCUGGCCCAGGAAGCAGGGGUAGCUCUGUAUCCACUACACUUUGAAGAGCCCGCUGGUUUCCUAGCCAUUGGGACAGAGGCAGUGGAACCAACAACCCCGCCGAGAACUGUCACAUGGCCCCCCCGGGACGCAGCUCCGAGCCCAGGCCUAGAGACUAACUGAGGCGGUCACACUUCGCCCAAAGAACCUCCUCCUGCUGUCCCCAGGGCCUGUUUGCCCUAGUUCGUCAGGGAUCGGGAGAGCCUGAACUAACAGAUCAGGAGCUGUACCAUUUCUCUGCCGGAUGUUUGAAUAAGCCCAUCCACCCAGGCCCUCGGAGCUGCCGUGGUCGGGUCUGCAACCCUCACUCCUCCCUCCCGCCUUCUGCAAGUUCCUUGUAUAACUGGAAGGCAGCGCAGAGCCUCGCCCACAACACAGAACACGGAAGAGAGCUUUCCAAGAAAACGGUUGCUGUGUCACUUUUGAGCAUCUUCCUCCACAGACCAGUGCCGGGGCCGGCGUCAGUCCAGGCAUGGCCUCUGCUGGGGACUUGCAGACCUGAAUCUGAAGUGGGGAUUACAGAGGUGCUCUGAGCAGCCCACCUUUCUGCCCCCACCAGGUACCUUCAUCACAGAGGAACCUGGUUCCCCCCAACCCUCCCCCAGCCUGGCUUGUCUCAGCUCAGGAUCAGCGCCAGGCUGCGAGGUCAGCCCCCUCACCUGCCCAGGGCCACACACUGGGGUGACGGUUCUCACUGGUUCCCAGGACUGUGCCGUCCUGUGGCAUCCUUCCUGGCUGAAUUUUACACAAUACUGUAAUGAUCUUUCCAAAUGAAGAGUAGCAAAUUAAAGUGAUUUUAUCAUUUCCUA